AUGAGUGUCAACGGAGCAGACUCGCUGUCAUCAGAUUCGGGGCCAACGAUGAACGACCGGUUCAUGCAACGAAGGUUGCAGCGGCUAAACACCGAACAGGGUUUCCGCGAGCAGCGUCAAGCUUCGCAGUCUCAGGCGCAGGCGCAGGCGCAACACUCGAAAUCGUUGUCGUUGGCUCAGGCUGAUUUCCACCACCAACAAGCACAACAACAACAAUCCAUACUGCAUCACUCGGAUCAGCCGCUGCCCUCCCGCAUUCCUUCUCAAGUCAUCCCCAGCGUCCCUGCUUCGACCGCCACGACGCCGUCCUCGUCCUCCGCUUCGCCGCACUCGCACUUCCGUCACGACACUCCGCAACAGCCUCAAUACCAACCGCUUAGGAAUUUCGCAAAACUCCACGACGACGGCCCAAUCCACCUCUCCACCUCACCGAGCAAAGCCACCCCGCGCCAGCCCUCGAUGGCUUCCUCCAACCAAAGCCCCGCCCCGACCGCUAGAGACCCUUCGAUCCUGUCGCAACAACAACCACAGCAAUCCAAAGACGUCGGUCGCUCGACGCCCCAGCCACAGGCCGAGGACUUGACCGAGGACCAGAUUCGCCAACUGCUCAACGACCACAAGGAGCUCCGCGAGAAAUACCAAAAGGUCAAGAAGUACUAUUUCGAAAAGGAGGACCAGGUCAAGCAACUGCAAAACAGUCUCGCCCACCAACGAAUCGCUCAGUCGCGCACUUCUCUCGACGACGGCGAAUAUGCGACCCGCUUCAACCGCCUCGACGGCCUGAUCGCGCAAUUGUCAUUCAGCAUUAGGAAGAGCUGGAAGUCGGUGCCUACUUGGCUGACUCCCGCCGUCAACAAGGAUGCUAUCUCUAUCGGAAAGCAGGAGAUGACGGCAGUGGGACGAGCUUUCAUUUCAAAGUGGCUGGUAGAGGAUGUCUUCGACCGCUACUUCCAUCCGGAUCUUGACUUGGCUCUCUCGACGCAGUUGAAGCAGAUGCAGAACAACAUUCGACUCUUCGCCCCGCCCGCAUCGGUACAUGAGGAUGAAGAGUACCUCACUUCAAAGGUCGUCAAUUGGCGCUUGACCACACUCGAGGCCAUGCAAGACAUUUUGCGCUUGCCGGAAGCUCAGAACCACCGCUCUCACAUGACCGACCUGCUCAAGACGCAGCUUAGCACUGCCUUGGAAUCCCACCUCGACAACCCGCCCAUGUCUGACCUUGAAGGUGGCGUGCACAUGAUCUGCGAACUUGCCGUCGCAAUGUUGGGUCAUCUGCCACAGGAGAGCCGUGAUGUUCAGAUUGAAUACUUCCUGCCGGGAUCUGCUGUGAACGUUGACAUUAUGAAGAUCGAAUCUGGUAUACCAGCUCUGGCCACAUCUCUGGCUGAUGAGAUGGCAGAGCGUGGCAGCGUCAACAGCGAGUUGACCGACUCGGGUGAUCGAGCAUCUACUGAGCUGAACCCUCGCCGACGCAUGCUAAAUGUUCUCACCAGCCAUAAGAAGGGCCAUCCAGCACAGGGCAAGUUGAAUGGUGGCAGCAGCACAAGCUUGGCUGGUAAGGAGGAUCGUGUGCGUCUUGCCGUCGGUAUUGCGGCUCAUGUCCGAGAGCGUGGCAUUCUCGUCAAGGCUCCAAUCUUCACAGCCUUGUGA